AUGGGUUUGAAGCAAGUUUUGCUACCAUUAAUCAUCGAAAGUCGAAAAAGAUUUGGGGAUAGUUCUUUGCUGCUUAUGCUUGAUUCUAUUAAAAUUGGCUAUCAACGAAUGGAUCACGAACUGAGUCGAAAACCAUUGCCGGAAUCAGUUGACGGACUAAAUAAUUUGGAACUUCUCGAAGUUUCUUCUGGAAAUAAUUCAGUUCAAGGAUAUAUUGGGGAAAUACGUUAUUGGCAAACAAAAUCAUGCCAGAAUUUAGAUGAAAUUUUAGUUGACAUGUUCAGAAUUGAUAAUUUGGAUAUAUUGCCUUCAGAGAUUUUGCAUGAUGUUUCGGUAUGGAAGAAAAAAGAUAACAGAAUAGUGAAGCAUGGAGAAUUCGUGACAGUAUUUUGUUUUAACCUCAGUAACGAUAACGAAUAUAUUGUUUCGGAUAGCGAGAUGUUGACCUUUCUGGAGUACUCUUUGCAAUUGCACUUCGGGACCACUUUACAAAUACCCGUGGAAGAAGUCGAACAAAUUGCGCUGCCGGUAGCUAUUUUCCGACAAUUAUGGAUUGCAAUUACAGAAUUUAAAUUUAUCAAAAUAAGUAUGAAAAUUUAUGAUUUUGAUGGAUUUGAAUGUGGUUAUGUAAGGGGAAUUAGCUUCAAUAGAAGUAUUUUGGAAUGCAUUAAAAAAUUUCCUGAAGAACCAGCGGGAUCCGAAGCUUAUAAAAAGACCCAAGAAAACUCAGAAAGGAACGAUAACAAUCUUAAUGAAUUUCAUUCCCAUGGGAAAGAAAGAAUCAAACAAGGAAUUCAAAGUUCGACAGAAAUUGAUAUCUCGAGUCCUUCCUAUUUCCAUGAUCACACAAGGAUCCAUAUUUCAGAAUCUGUUACAAGUGCAGGAAACAAACUGUCGAUACUUAAUAAAAUUCGUAAGGCGGUAGAAAUGAUAGUCGAAGUACCGUGCGACGACGACCGAGUAUCAUUUAUAUCACUCGGAUUUGAUUCUCUAAAAUUAGCAAAAUUGGAGUUUGUUUUGCAAACCCAAUUUAAGGGAAAAUUUUCGAUAGCUUACGGAAGCGCUCAUCAACAUCCUACUAUUGAUGACCUAAGUGAAUACAUUCUGAAAAGCUCUAUCGAAGGAAAUAGUAUUCCUAAAAACAUGAAGGCCACAAAUUUUCAAUUUCUUACGGAAAAGUUGACAAAGAUUAUCAGAAGCAGUACUGAAAUACCGCUGAGUGCAGCCCAAAAGCGAUUGAUUUUCUUUUAUCAGCUGGAUCCCGAACAGAAAUCAAACUUCAUUGAAACUGUGAAAUUUAGCAUUGAAAGUUUAAAAAUUCAUCGACUUCAAAAGGCAUUCAAUAGGGUAGUGGCGAGACAUACAGCAUUGCGAUCGAUUUAUACGGUAACAGGUCAAACAAUUUUGUCUCUCACUGAAGCUUAUUUCUGGAUUCGUGUGGAAUCUAGGAAUGUAUUCGAGUCAUUGAAAUCAACCGAUUUAUUUGACCCUACUGUUCCGAUGAGGCUAUUCAUCGCUGAACAGGAAGAUACUAGAGCUAGCAGAAAAUUGAAGGAAGGUAUUUCUGAUCGAGGCAAUCACUGGGCUCCAAGAAAAGCACAAACUGCUUGCACGCAUGUUGUGGACAUCAGAAGUUUAAAUCUAAUUGUUAUCCAGAUGCACCAUAUUAUGAUUGAUGGUUUUUCUAUAAAAUUAUUAACAGACGAACUGCGUAUGCUUUACUACGGAAAAAAUCCGCUCAAAUUAGUACCGUAUCAAUAUGGACAUUUUGUUCUUCUAGAACAUCAACAGAGACAAGAUUCUGAAAGUCAAAAGUUACGUGAAGAUUUCUGGCAACAUCAGCUUUUUAACGUUGCAUUGCAAGCGUUGCCAGUAGAUGAAAUUGGACUUCAAGUAGGGAGAUAUUCAGGUCGUUGCUUACAAUUUAAAAUAGAUUCUAAAAUCCAGAAAUGUUUGAAAAAUCUAGCUACUUGUUGCUGUGUAACACAAUUUUCCGUCCUUCUCGCCAACUUUCAACUUUUGCAAUACAAAAGACAUGGAUUCAAAGACUGUUGUGUCGGGAUAGCAGUUGCGCAAAGGGAAAUUCCUGAACUUUGCACCAUCAUUGGUUGUUUAUUAAAUGUGGUACCACUAAUCAACACCAUUAAUCCCAGUGAUCGAAUUCAUGAUUUUAUUACAAAAUCUAACAAGCGUUUAAAUGAAUGCAUCCAAAAGCAAUUACAAUUCGAUGAUUUGAUAGCAACAUUGUGUUUAGAACGUGAUCUGUCAAAUUCACCACUUUUCCAAGUUUUAUUUAUUUUGGACGAUAGCAGCGACAUUCAUAGCGCUAUCCAAAACAAUGACAUCAACGAUGGUAAUGAUUCAAAUUUUGCACAGUACGAUCAGGUCUGGUAUUUUUACUUUUAUAAAGAAGGUAUGAGAGUAAAAAUUGAAUAUAACGGCAGCCGUUUCUAUCAAAGUACCAUAGAAACAAUGGUACAUCAAUACCUCAGACUUCUUCAUAAAAUGUCGCAAAAUUUGCAUAUUCUUGUUGAAGGCAUAAAAAUGAUAAGUUCUAUGGAAGAAUUUGUGGAUUAUAAGCUAAGAUUUCAAAAUCGAUGUGAUUUUCCGCAGAAAGGUACCGUUUUGGAUCUUAUCGAUCAACAAAACAGGAUGAAUCCUUAUUGUAAUACCGUCAUCCAAAGAGGAGUACCAUUUUCGAGUGCAUUUUUGCAACGGAAAAGUAAUCAGUUAUCAAGAUUUCUUACGCAAAGUUGGCUGCAAUUUCUGGGCGAAGAAAUACAAAACGAUAGUUUUAUGCUACUUAUUUUUGAUCGAUCUGUUUUUCUUCUGCUAACAAUUUUUGCUCUAUGGAAAUGUGGAAUUGGAGUAGCUCCCUUGAACCUGGAAAUUUCUUCAGACCAGUUGAAAGAAAUCCUUGUGAAAUUAAUUUGUCCAGCUGUCAUUCAUGAACGCAACCGAAAACAGCAUCAGGUCGUAAAUCAAUGCUUUUUUGAGGAUAUUUCCAAAAAUUCCUGUGGAACAUUGUUUCGAAAUCCAGAACAGCAAAGUCCUGUGUUUAAGCAUGAUAUCAACGAAGUGAUCACUUUAAUUUCCGGAUAUUCUGAUCAAGAGCUCAGGAAAAAGUCAACUCAGCGUAAUCUGGCUUAUAUGACUUUCACGUCAGGGAGCACCGGUACACCAAAAGGAGUCUGCACCGAGUUUUACGGACUCAACAACUUGGCACUGAACUAUACGGAGUUACUGAGUAUUAAAUCAAAUAGCACCAUUUAUCAAGUAGUAAAUCCAUCAUUUGAUAUCUUUUUUGCAGAUAUUCUGGAAGCUCAAACAAAUGGAGCGAGUUUAUACCUCGCAAGUCAACGAAUACCAGAUUUAGAGGAAAUGUCAAAGAUUACUCAUGUUUAUAUUAUGCCGGCGUAUUUGUCUGCUAUUCAGUCAGAACAAUUCAAAAAAUUGACAAGUCUGGAACAAAUUAAUUUUGGUGGUGAUUAUAUUCAAUAUAAAGCCUUACAAGAUGCUCUGCAAAUUGGACUUCGCUUCCAUAAUCAAUAUGGUAUGACUGAACAUUCCAUUUAUUCCACCUGUAAGUUAAUGAAAGUUUGUGAUAAAACUCCAUCUGUUGGUAAACCCUUCAAAAAUAUUCACUUUUCCAUAUAUGAUGGUGACAAAAAUUUAUGUGGACAACGUAUUAUUGGGAUUUGCUGCAUCUCGGGAGCAGGUAUUAGUCGCGGUUAUCAUAAUAAUGAAUACCUUAAUCAAAUAUCAUUUCGCAGCAAUCGUGAUUUGACACAACUUGAAUUACUGUCAAAUUGCGAUAGGCGUUAUUUCUACUCUGGUGAUCGAGCCGAAAUAAAAAACGCUGUUGGUAAGUUAAUUUUUCAUGGCCGCAGCGAUUUUCAAGUAAAAAUUCGAGGUAUUCAAGUUGAUAUCCCCAAAAUUGAAGCUAUACUGGGACAACAUCUUUUGGUCAAAGAAUGUAUUGUUUGUCUGCAAAGAAUAGAAACGGAAGAAUUCCUGAUAGCUUAUAUUAUUUCUUGUGAAGAUAUCAUCCCGGAAAUGGAGGAAAGACAGAUAAUGAUAAAAAGUUUGAACGAAUACAUGAUGAUAAAAUUACAAACCUUCAUGAUUCCGAGUCACUAUGUGUUUGUUCAGCAAUUCCCAUUAAAUAUCAAGGGUAAAAUCGAACGGACACUGUUACCCAUACCAGAAAAACCUCUGAAAUCAAAAAUUCCUUUGAAAGCUGACUAUAUUUUUGGACCGCAGGAAAAACAAGUGAUGGGAAUAUUUACUACACUGCUGCCAGGAAAAGAUAUUCGACUCGAUGAUUCAUUUUUUGAAGUGGGUGGCGAUUCGUUGAAAGCUUUAAUUGCAAUCCAAAAUAUCAAACGUGAGACUGGAAUAGAUCUUCCGCUUCGGGAUAUUUUUCAAUUAACAUCUUUCAGAGCUAUUUUGGAAUCUUUGAAAGAGAACUGUUCAACAGGUAAUCAUGAAGAAGUUGGAAAUCUAACAAAGCUGGAAUCAGCGAGAUUUAAAUUUAAUUCAUUGCAGAUUCAUAAUAAUAUAUGCAGUAAGAUGUCCCGAAAAUCUGAGAAGAUCUGUAAUGAAAGUAAACAGAAAAGCAGAUUCUGGUUUAAUGGAAGUGUUCCAGUAAGUUUACAGCAGGAAAGACUUUUAUUUCUUUACAGCUUUGGAAAAGAAUUUCGUGAAAGUUACAAACUUCAGUUUCUAUUUACAUUCCAUGGUUAUAUGAAUCUCAAAAUUUUGAAUGCUGCUUUAAAUUACGUUAUGCGGAAGCAUCGACUUCUGCGCACAAUUUUUCUUCACAAGGCUGGAAAAACAAUCCAGGAAGUAGUAUCUUUGAGUGAAUGCUACAUUGAAGUUCACAGAAACACGCUUGGGUAUGACGGAAUAGGAUCGAGAAUAGAGUCAGAAUUGCCAGAUUUAUAUGAUACGCUUUUGUUAGCUAUAGCUGUUUCCGGCAAUCUAGAGCUAAUGCUGAUUCUCGACCAUUUGAUUGUUGAUGGCCGUUCGAUCGCUAUACUCAGCAACGAUCUUGUGGAAUUUUACAAUGUACUUAUCAAUAGAGGCAAUGUAUCCUUUGAUAUCACCGAGGAUAGUAGUUAUGCUGAAUUCUCUCUGAAACAGCGAAGCGAGUUGGAGAAAUUUCGGAUUGCAUUAAGAAGCGCUGAUUAUCACUUGUCGAUUAACAAAGCAAUGGUAAAAGAUGAGCUUCAAGUGCAGGAAGAAUGUAGGUAUCUGAAAGAAAUGAGCCUGAAACUGCAGAAUUUCCUACCGUUGUCGCUUCAGUUUGAUCUGUCUAACGAAGGAUUUGACAGAGGAAAUAAUUUAAUUAAACUCAAAAUGCCUUUGGAUUUGUCUACAGUUAAGCAUUUUUGCAUGGCAGAACGAUGCACGCUAUUUGCUUACUUGCUUGCUGUAUUUUCCUUAACUGUACGUUCUUCACUAGCCGAUCAACAACAACUAAGAGAUCGCUUUGCUGUAGUCACUUCUGCAUUAAAUCGUGAAAUCAGUACUAUGAACUGUGUCGGAUUAUUUGUCAAUACGGUAAUCAUUCCGAUUGAUACCAGUUUUCAAAGUGUCUCCGAACUAAUUCGUAAUCUUCAACAAAAUAUCGCACAAGCUCUCCAAUUUCAGCAUAUUCCUUUCGAUUACAUUAUCCGGAAGCUGAACCCAAGACGAGACAGUGCAGGUACAGAAGCAUAUCAGAUUUCGUUUGUUGUCCAAAGUGCCUCUGCAAUAAAAAUACCAAAAAUUGAGGGAGUUGAGACGAUUAUCGAAGAAAUUGGCACAAAAUAUGCGAAAUUCGACCAAGCAUGGUACUGCACUGAAUUUGAGGACUGUAUUGAGAUGUCGGUGGAGUACAGAACUGAGAAGUAUAGUAAUUUAAAGAUAAAACAUGCCAUGGAACUAUUCGUUCAAAUAGCUUCUCAAAUAUUGUCCAGCCGAUCUGCGGAAGUGAAAGACAUUCUGGAAUCUUCCAAAUUAAUUAACGUUAAUAAACUAAUGGUUGAGAUGAUCAAGGAUGAUAAUUCAAAAGACAUGAGCGAAGUUCAAGAUACAAUCAAAAAGAAUUGGAUGUUGGAAGAAGCUUUGCUUAGCAUCUGGAAGGAAGUAUUAGGAAGUCCAGAAAUUUCUACUUUUGACAAUUUCUUUGCAAGAGGUGGCCAUUCCCUGCUGAUUCCAAGUAUCUGCUAUAAAAUAGAGCAACAAAUCAACUACCAGUGCCCACCACAAGCAAUUUUCAAGUAUCAAACAAUUGAAGAACUUGCGAAAUAUAUAGACAAUAAGCAAAAUUCAAAGGCCUUGAUGGCAUCAAAAGAAAGGUUCAAAAUUCGUGUAUGUCCACUUCAGGAAUCUUUGGUCGGGAUGUAUUAUAAUGCAGUCACAGAAACAGCAGUUUCCACUUCGUUCAUUACUACUACUACUACUACUCGUAGUACUACUGCACCUUUGACAACUGAUCUUAUCAAGGCUUAUCAAACGGGGUUUUCAAUAUCCUUGAAAUCAAUAAACUUAUCAAAACUAAGACGUUCCCUCAAUCUAAUAAUAAUGGGUCAUUCCGCAUUUCGUGCAACAUUUUACUGUCAGAACAACGAUUUUUUUCAAGAAAUUCAUUCUGGUACUGAAAUUUACAUUACACCGCGGACGACUAGUGAGCAAGCAGCAAUGAUAGUACCAAAUCCUUUUCAUGCGGUACCGAUUCUCUGUUGGUUGAUUCAUAAUAUCAAACAAGAACUCUCUGAUGAUAGUCACUUUGAACUUCAUUUUGAAAUAAGCCACGUCAUAUGCGAUGGAAAGUCGCUGUCUAUAAUAGCCAGAGAGUUAUAUGACAAUUAUUUCAAAGAUAUACAAAUCUCAAUGAAAAACGACGAUUUCAUUCAAUUCAGCAAGCGAACUGAACAACGAUUCAGGGAACGUUGCACUGAAAUGCAAGGAUUCUGGUCGCAAACUUUGAAAGAUGUAGAAAGCGCAAAUCUUCAUUAUGAGAAAAUAAUUGCUACCGUUUCGUGCAGUAAUAGAUGUAAAUUUCUUCAUAAAAGAUUCAAAAGUUUGAACAGUUUGAUCAUAAGAGUAGCUGAGAAAUGCUGUUGCUCUCCGUUUGUUGUACAGGUUGCUGCAUUCAGCAAGGUACUCUCGGGAAUAGUAACACAAGCAUCCAAGAUAGCUAUUUCAUGUCCGGUAGAUAUGCGUGAUUCUGGAGCUCAACAAUGUGUUGGAAUGUGCAUCAAUGUUUUGCCAGUGAUAAUCGAUUUAAGACUUGGAAAAUAUCAGGAUCUAAUUCAAGACAUCGCGAGGAGUUUAGCGGAUGCUUACGUAAACGCUGAUAUUUCUACCAAAGAAAUGAAAAAAUUAUGUGGAGAACAUGGAGUUUCUAACUUUGCUGAUAUUAUGGUUGUCAACAACUAUGAGGAAUACUCCGACCAUUAUCAUGAAAUUUUAAACGAUAAUUCUGAAUUUACGAAGUGCGUUUUGACAUUGUUUCUCACACAAUAUCAUAAAGAUAUUGUCGCGAAAAUUGAAUGUAAACAAGAUCUCUUCUACAACGAAUCAAUGAGUAUAAUGCUUAAUCAAUGGGCAAGAAUAAUUCGCAAAAUGGAAAAGAUCAUUGUAACGGAGAAUGAAAUGAAAUAUGAAGAUAGGCGAAAAUGUCCGUAUGGCAUUCCUUCUGAUGGAGAGUAUUUCAGUGCUGAAAAUAGUAUGGAUAUGAAAUCAAAAGAGAAAGUAGUAUCAAGUGAACGUGAAGAAUGUUUUAUGAGAAGAAAUGACGACAAAAAAGUUCUCCGAAAAUGUGAUUAUCCAGCAUUUAGCUAUCAGAAUUUAAUUCGAGAAGCCCUUGUAACCAACGGUCGAUUGACAACCAUAACAGCUGUUAUUGGAAGUAAGGAAAGCAUCAAUUAUCGUACUCUAAUUAGAUUAAUUUACCGAACUUCGAAAAUUAUACGAGAAAAGAUAAUUCGAAUAACGGGUAAUACAUUACGAGCUGAUACAGUGAUACCAAUUAUUGCUCAUAAUAGUAUCAAAACAUUGGUAACAUGCUUGGCAAUUAUCAUGGCCGGAGCUGCUUAUCUCCCCAUAGAUUCUACAAGUCCGACCAAGCGAGUCUUGAAUAUUUUAGAACAAAUGGAAGCAAAAUUUUAUGUUGCUAUUGAUAAGAUAACAAAUAAUGAUGACGAAUUUCAAGCUUCACUUAAUUUUUCAUUUCAAAAUGCACUGGAAAUCAACUUAAAUGAUUUGGGAUUUGACGAAGAACCACUAGAGUCUCAAAUAUAUCUGAGAAAUACGCCGAACGACUUAGCUUACGUGAUAUUUACAUCGGGAACUACUGGAAAGCCUAAAGGAGUAGCAGUUGGCCAACAGGGUCUUCUCAACAUGGCCAUAGCAUGUACUGGAGAUUUCUGGAUGGGACCUGGGGACUGUGUUUAUCAAUUUACAAACUUUGCAUUCGAUAAUAGCGUUCUAGAAAUUAUGAUGGCAUUGAUCAAUGGUAGUACUUUGUUUCUCCGAGAAGAUUUUUUCACGCCAAGUAAGUUUCUGGAUGAAGUGAAGCAUGGGAAAAUUACUCAUGCAUUACUUUUUCCUGGACUGGUGAGUACCUUCACGGAUGAAGAGAUUGGGGAACUGAAACACCUGAGAUAUUGGAUUGUUGGGGCAGAAAGUGCAAGCAGAAGGGUUUUGGAAUGCGCAUUAAAAUCAGGUGUUAAUGUAAUUCAGAAUUACGGACCAACGGAAACGACAGCUUAUGCUUUGACCAAGAGAAUGAAACUGUUAGACAGACCCAAUAAUAUCGGUCGUGGAAUAAUGAAUGUUGUUACUACAAUUAGAAAUUUCUGUGGAGAGGUUCUACCAGAAAUGGGAGUAGGCGAAUUAUGCAUCACGGGGAUAGGGAUCACGCGAGGUUAUAUUGUUUCAGCUGAUGUAAAACGAGAUGCCGAGAAAGAAAAUGAAAACAAAGGAAUCAGCGAAAUAAAUGCUUGUCGUCAGAUAUCAUCAAGAAUUAGUUUUGAUACUAAAGAUAUGGUCCGAUUGCAACCAAAUAACGACAUUCUUUUCCUAGGGCGAUACGAUAAUCAAGUAAAGAUUCGUGGAUACCGUGUUGAACUGAGUGAAAUCGAAGCCAUUCUUUGUCAGUAUCCACAAAUCAAAUCUGCGAAAGUAAUCCCAAAAUUAAUAGGGAAACAGCAGCAGCUUGUGGCUUUUGUUAUUUUGUCAGAUUUGUUGAAGACCAAGUUCGACCCCGGUAUUGUACGACAGUUCAUGUUAGAGCAAUUGCCGUAUUAUAUGGUACCAACUCAGUACCACUCCCUACAGCAAUAUCCACUUACCAAAAAUUCAAAAAUUGAUGUCUUGGCUCUGGAAAUGCUGCAAAAUCCUGAAAAUGAUCAAUAUUUCAAGCAUAUAGAACCAGAAAGUACCAUAGAAUGGAAGGUGCUUGGAUUCUUCCGGAAAGUUCUCCAGGAUGAUAACAUUUCGAUUAAUGAUGACUUUUUCGCGGUUGGUGGAAAUUCAUUUUCGGCAGCGCAACUCACCACAUUGAUAGAAGCUAAUCUUGUACAUUCUAUCGGUAUAAAUAAUGUUUUUCGUCAUCGGACGGUGAGGAGACUGUCACAGUACAUUUUAAAUUCUCACAAAAAGCCAAGUAAUGAAAGAAUUCAUGGGAUUCAAGGCUUUCAUCAGAUAAACAAGAAAGUUUUUAGUCUUGAUAACAUUCCUCUAAGCUUUCAGCAACAACAAUUUCAAUUCUUAAAUGAAACGAAACAACGGCAAUAUUAUGAACUCAUAUUUGUGCAGAAAUUUGAUGCAUCCUUCAGCCUGCGAUAUUUGAAAUUGGCUUUUCUGCGCCUAAUUUUACAACAACCUUCGUUGCGAACAAUUUUUCCGGAACUCAACUAUGAUGUACACCAGGAACUACUUUCUGGGACAGAAACUUACUUCUACAGCAAUAUUUUACAGCAUAGCUAUUACUUGACACAACCAGCAUUCUACAAUGAAGAUCAUGUUGUGGAAACGAUAAAAAUACUUCGCGACGAGAAAAUAAAUCUCAAACACGAACCACCGAUUUUAUGUGCACUUGAAACAACCAGCAGUGCAUCUCAUACUGUCAUUUUACGAAUGAAUCAUAUCAUUAGUGAUGCUUGGUCAACGAAUCUUCUGGAGAAUGACCUAAGAGAUCUGUAUCAGGAAGUUCUGAAAAACAAGCAGUUCGAUAGCAAUUCAAGAUUGCUUUUUACAUAUGCUGAAUAUUCCAUCGAACAGUUUGAACAAAAGCACUUUUUAGAAACGUUAGCAGCUAAAUAUGCUGAUAAAAUUGUAAAGUGGAUCAUAAAUGACCCAAAUUUCAACAACAUUUUGGAAAACUGGGGAAGAAUUGAAGAUCGGAUGAAUCAGUUUGAUCAGAUUAAUCAGUAUUUAGAACCUGGAAUUUUUAGAAAAGCUGUUGAAUAUUCGAAAUCUACAGAUUUUAGAAACUAUUUAGAAACAGGAUUUACUUUCGAAGUAAGGAAGAUUGAAAAGAUUUGUGGAUCCCUUGAAAUCACUCCCUUUGUAGCCUUUCUUAGUGCAUUUGCUUCAUCUUUACAUGAACUAUCUGGCACAAGUCAGUUAAUUAUAAAUGUACCAGUUGCUAAUCGCUCCUUCAAAACAAACAAUAUUAUAGGUAACUUUCUUAACUAUUUACUGAUAAACAGCACACACAUCCCUUUAAAGGAAGUUGAUAUCAUCAGUAGUGCCUCGAGUGAUAUUAUGGAUAACUCUAGAAAUAAAACAAAAUUCGCCAUUUCCAAGGAGCAAAUGGCAAGAACUCCUCCUACUAAUAUAUAUGCAAGAUUUAUGAAGAAAUAUGUAGAAAAUAUAAAUAGAACAGUUAACGAGAUCCGUCAAUUCGAGCAAGUACCAUUUAUUGCACUUUUGAAAUUAAUUCGAAUUAAACUGAAAAAGCUGAAAUCACCAGGUACUGAAGUCCUGUAUCGUCUUCACAAAACUGUAUUUUUUAAUUUUCGUUACGGAUUGGAAGAAAAUCUUGAAUCAGUAAUAGGUAAAGGUGAAGUUCAAGCGCCAACGGAUUGUAUUCACGAAAUUGAAGUCGAAGUAGACCGUGUGAAAAGCUAUUACUCUUGUAGAAUCAGAAUGGAAAAUCGCGGACAUAUCUCAGCACUGUGUCAGCGAAUGAUUUUUGCUUUACAACAAAUGUCAGUCAAUGCUAACAUCCAGGAAAUAACGAAAGACGAGAAAAUAAAGCCUAGGGAAAAUGCGCAUGAAGCAAUUGCGAAACCUUCUUCUCUAUUCUUUGCGAAUGAUCAGGGCGGAAAUGUUAUUGAUUUGGAAUUAAGGGGAAUAUGGAGCAAAUGUUUGAAGAAAAGAUGGAUUAGAGAUGAUGAUGAUUUUUUUCUGGAAGGUGGAACUUCGUUGCUUACUUUGAAAUUAAGACGCUUUAUUGAGUCAGAAUUUAAAAUUCACAUUGAAAUUGAUGAAAUAUUCAAAUACAGCACUUUUACACAGCUAAGAAGUUUGCUGCAAAAGCGACUCAUCGACAGAGACCAUUCUCUCCCGGGUAAGAGAAUCGGAUUUAUGAAUUCUGAAUCUGAAAAAAACAGCGAUCUAAUAUUACAAAGUGCUGGAAAUGUGUCUAGGAAAUGUAGCAUUGUAGAAAGAGCAGACAAUUUACAAACACCCGAGAAUCGGACAACAGUUCGAUUGUUUCAUCAAAACGAAUCAAAUAUUAAUAUCACAGGAAGUGGGGUAAUUGUUUUUUCCACGCACUCAAUAAUUGGCGUUGAACAUCCAGAUAGUUUUUCUGGAAGAUAUUCAGCGGAUCAUAAAUUUUAUCAGUCCAUUGAAAGUUUAUGUUCCAAAUAUGUACGAGAUUUGCAUGAUCAUUUAUGCAAUGUAAAAAUGCGCAUAUUCAUCGGUGCAUCAUUUGGUGCAAUUUUGGCUUAUCAGUGUGCUGUACAACUACAACGAGAAGAAAUUCAUAUAGAUGACAUAAUAUCCAUUGAUGGAACAGCGCAUUGGCGCAGAAGCACCUCCGCAACAGAACUAUCAUCUUAUGAGGAGCAUCGUCAGCAAAUCAACAAAAUUGUGAAAUAUCAAACUGGCGACAUCAAAAUUGAUACUGAAUUGCUAGGAGCAAUGAUCGAAAAUGCGUGGGAGUUGCUGAAGAUGAUGCGUAUUUACAUCCCAAGUCAAAAUUCAGGGAGUCCUUCUCGACUUCACGUAACCCUUCUAAAAUCACCUCAAAAAACUACAGAAGAUGAGCGAGAUUACGGUUGGAUGGAUCUUUGCUCUACAACUGUCGUAAAUAUACCAUUUUCGCAUGAUACAAUGCUUCAUAAUUGCAACCUUGAUGCGAUUGUUGAAAUUAUCUUACAAACUGUGGAGAAACUAAACAGAAGUACCAAUAAUUUAUGA